AGGGCCAGUGUCUGCGCGUCCUUUUGUUCUAGGACUGCAGGGCGCAGCAGGCUCUCAUUUCGCCGUCUUCUCGGUUGGCUCUCUAGAACGGCCAUGAUCUCCCAAUUCUUCAUCUUGUCCUCCAAGGGUGACCCACUCAUCUACAAAGACUUCCGCGGGGACUGUGGUGGUCGAGACAUACCCGAGCUCUUCUACCGGAAGCUGAUGGGACUGCCGGGAGGCGAGUCCCCGGUUGUCAUGCACCACGAUGACCGCCAUUUCAUUCACAUCAGACACAGUGGUCUCUAUCUGGUGGCCACAACUUCAGAAAAUGUCUCUCCGUUUAGCCUGCUGGAGCUGCUCUCCCGGUUAGCCACUCUCCUGGGUGAUUACUGCGGUUCCCUUAGUGAAGGCACCAUCUCACGCAACGUGGCUCUUGUCUACGAACUCCUGGAUGAAGUCUUGGAUUAUGGCUAUGUACAGACUACAUCCACAGAGAUGUUGCGGAACUUCAUCCAGACAGAGCCCGUGGUCAGCAAGCCCUUCAGCCUCUUUGACCUGAGCAGCGUUGGCUUGUUUGGGGCAGAAACACAGCAGAGCAAAGUGGCCCCAAGCAGUGCAGCCAGCCGCCCCGUCUUGUCCAGUCGCUCUGACCAGAGCCAAAAGAAUGAAGUGUUUUUGGAUGUGGUGGAAAGAUUGUCUGUACUGAUCGCAUCUAACGGCUCACUGUUGAAGGUGGAUGUCCAGGGAGAGAUCCGGCUCAAGAGCUUCCUUCCCAAUGGCUCUGAGAUGCGCAUUGGUUUGACAGAGGAGUUUUGUGUGGGGAAGUCAGAACUGAGAGGGUAUGGGCCAGGAAUUCGAGUUGACGAGGUCUCAUUCCAUAGCUCCGUCAACCUGGAUGAGUUUGAGUCUCAUCGAAUCCUGCGCUUGCAGCCACCUCAGGGCGAGCUGACUGUGAUGCGGUACCAACUCUCUGAUGACCUCUCCUCCCCACUCCCCUUCCGGCUCUUUCCCACUGUGCAGUGGGACCGAGGCUCAGGCCGGCUCCAGAUUUACCUGAAGCUACGGUGUGACCUACCCCCAAAAAGCCAAGCUCUCAACAUCCGCCUGCACCUUCCCCUGCCACGAGGAGUGGUCAGCCUAUCUCAGGAGCUGAGCAGCCCAGAUCAGAAAGCAGAGCUGGGUGAGGGAGCUCUCCGCUGGGACUUGCCCCGGGUACAAGGAGGCUCUCUACUCUCAGGCCUCUUCCAGAUGGAUGUUCCUGGCUUGCAGGGGCCUGCCAGUCAUGGAUCUUCCACUUCAGCACCCCCGCUGGGGCUGGGCCCUGCCAGCCUCUCCUUUGAACUUCCCCGCCACACGUGCUCUGGUCUCCAGGUUCGCUUCCUCAGGCUGUCCUUCAGGCCCUGCGGCAAUGCCAACCCGCACAAGUGGGUGCGACACCUAAGCCACAGCGAUGCCUAUGUCAUUCGGAUCUGAGGUUCUUCAAACAAGAACAUGGGCAGCAAGGCCAGCACACAGCUGUACAGGAAGAGGACAUUUUCUUCCCUGUGGCUUUGGAUCUGGGCAGGAAAAAAUCCUGAGACCUGGAGGGAUCCGUAGACUUAUUCCUUCCAUGUUAUGCGAUGCAGGAAGGCUCACAAUGUACAAACCCAACUUUUAUUCUGAGGAAUUCACUGUACAGUAUCUAAAAAGAAAGUCACAUGGGGGAGGCAGCCUGCUACUCCUUCCUCUGCCACAAGCCUGUCUAUAUAGGAAUCCACAGGAGGAAGAGGUCAACAGAAGUGACGUUAUCAUGGAGCAGGCUGAGGGGAGCCAGAUCCAGUGGGCUGGGAGCCAUUAGCCUUUGGAGUCCCUGGCGCUGGAGGUGGGCUGUCCCCAGCCUCCUGCUUCCCCCCACAGAGGGCACUGCCCCCAAGUGGGGAAGGAGAAGUGGAUGGGGGAGGGACUGGAGAAGGAUGAGAAGGGGGACCUCCUUUGCCCUCUCCUGUUGGUGGAAGUGAGACCACAAUGUACUUCUGAACACUGCCAGGGCCAGCAGGGGCCGUGCUAGGGGGUGCCGUGGUGGCAGUAGAAACCAGUUUAACGAUGGGCUGCACACUGGGGACCGUGGUGGUGACGGGAGAGGUAGUGGUGGAGCCUGAGCCAGGGGCUGAGGUGCUGAGGGACAGGACCUGGGGGAGAAAGAAAGGACAGUUUAAUAAUCUGGUGCCCUCCCCAUUCCCACCCUGAAGGCCUAGGGGAAUAUACUUGCUCCUGCCCCACAUCCUCUGGUCCCACCUUCCCUUGUAUCCCCCCCCCAAAAAAAAAAAACAUGCAUGGUUAGUUUCCAUCCUCAGGACCCUGGAGACUGCUGCCAGCUUGAAGCCCACAAGAUCCUGGCAAGUAGCCCUUGUAUCUCCUGAUCUGGGCCUGGAGGAGAUGGCUCCACUCCAAGGAGCUGCCCAGUGGCUCUGAGGAGACUCAGGCCCAUCGGGGCUACUCACAUCCCUUGCUCCAGGCUCCACAUACCUGCUGGGUGGAAGAGGCACUAGAGGAGGACGACAUUACGAUAAACUUGGUUGGAGGAGGAGAAGGCUGAGGUGGGGCUGCAGCUCUGGCAGACAUAAGUGUCUGGACAGGCAGUGUGAUGGAGCCAGGGACUUUCAGUAAGCCAGGAGUCCUAGGGCCUGGCUGAGGGGCCUGUGAGAGGGUCAGCGUGGGCCGGGGCUGUUGGGAGAAAGGCAGGAAGAAAACAAAUAUGGGAGGGAGAUUCAGUGGACUGCUCUAGCUCUCAGUGGUCUCCCUCACUAAGAAGGUUCAGACUCCCUGGCAAGUUACCUUCCCAGAGCAUCACAACUCUGUCCCUUUUUCCUCUCACCCCCCUCCACCCUCAGCAGCUGACCUGCGUGAUGGUGAGUGUGGUCCUGUUGACUUGCUGGGCCUGCAGAGCAGCCUGGGCCCGGGCCUUGACCACAUGGGAGCAGAGGAGAGGUCCAAGGGACCCAAAUUCUGCUCGAUAGGCAUCCUGAUUGUCAGGUGGCGGGCGCAGCUUCGCCAGCACGGGGGCACAGUGUUUCUGCAGACAGAAGGCAGGGAGGAAGGGCUGGUACUUGGAUGGAUAAGGGAGAAGAGGAGAAAGGAACGCUCCCCCCAAUCACUUCUGUGACUCUGUUGAGGGUAAGACUGGUCUAUGUGUAAAGAAUGCUCUGGGGGAUAGAGAAAAGGCUUAGUGGUUAAAGUGCUUGCCUACAAAGCCAAAGGACCUAGGUUCAAUUCCCCAGGACCCACCAUGUAAGCCAGAUGCACAAGGUGGCACAUGCAUCUGGAGUUCAUAUGCAGUGGCUGGAGACCCUGGUGCACCCAUUCUACCUGUCUCUCCCUCCCCCCUUAAAUAAAUAAAAAUGAUAAAAUAUUUUUUAAGAAAAUGAGCAGGGCUAAGGCAUGAGGGUUACGAGUUCAAGGUUAGGCUGGGUGGAUAACAUGUCUCAAAGAGCCACAAAGGGCUGGAGAGAUGGCUUACUGGUUAAAGCGCUUGCCUGCAAAGCCAAAGGACCCAUGUUCAACUCUCCAGAUCCCACAUAAGACAGAUGCACAUGCACACCAGGUGGCACAGGU